AUGUCACGAGCAGUUCUCAUUACUGGAGCCACAGGCAAGCAAGGCGGUGCUGUUGUGAGCGCGUUACUAAAAGCCAAUGCCGACUUUGAGAUCCUUGCUCUUACUCGAGAUGCUCAAUCAGCAUCUGCUCAACGGCUGGCACAGAAAUCCCCCAAGAUCAAAUUGGUGACAGGUGAUAUGGACACACCCGAAAACAUCUUCAGCAAAGCUAGGGAGGUAACCAAGACACCGAUAUGGGGAGUCUAUAGUGUACAGGCAGCUAUUGGCGGCGGUGCAAGCUUUCGAAGGGAAGAAGUUCAAGGCAAGGCUUUAAUCGAUGCGUCGCUCAAGAACGGCGUCAAGCAUAUGGUGUAUUCAUCGGUCGAUCGCGGUGGUGCUAAGUCAGAUAAUGAUCCAACCGACAUUCCGCACUUCAUCAGCAAGCACAACAUCGAAAAAUAUCUUUUGGAGAAGACUAAGGGCGGUGAGAUGGACUGGACAAUCAUCCGACCUGUUGCCUUCUUCGAGAAUCUAGUUCCAGGCUUCCUCGGUAAAGUCUUCUCCACGAGCUGGAAGAUUACCCUUAAGAAGGACCAGAAGCUUCAGUUGGUCGCGACAAGCGACAUCGGCUUCUUCGCCGCCGAAGCGCUCAGGAACCCGGAGCAGUGGAAGGGCAAGAAAUUGAGUCUGGCCGGGGACGAGCUGACGUAUGAUCAGUUCACUACGAUUUUCAAGCAGAAGACGGGCGAUGAUAUGCCUACCACGUAUCAUUUUAUUGCCACCAUAAUUAACUGGAUGUCGAAGGAACUUGGGUAUAUGUUCAGAUGGUUCCGCAACGUUGGCUAUGGAGCCGAUAUUGCGUCCCUGAGGAAGAUGAACCCUGAUCUUAAGGACUUUGGGGCAUGGCUCGAAACGGAAAGCCAGUUCAAGACUCGCCCGUAG